UCCAUCGUAUCGGCACAGCGUAUAAAAGAAUCGAAAGCUGCUCUUUUUCACAAGAUCACCCAGCAGCUCCAAACCCCACCUUCAAUAAAGCUUACAAAUACCCAAAGAGCUCGACUUCAUCUUCACCACUUCUCUAUCCCACACCAAACCCUCCAAUCUUAUCCAUCCACACACUCCAAGAAAUCCAAAGCAAUGCCUUCCCCACCCCCAACCCAAACAGCCUACACAAUCCCUGCAACAGCAACAGCCCCCUCAUCCCUCGAGAAAUCCACCCUCCCAACUCCCACUCCAGGCCCUUCACAAGUUCUCAUCCGCGUGACAGCCGUCUCCCUCAACUUCCGCGACCUUCUCAUCGCCUCGCGCUCCCCAGAGUACCCAGGCGCGCACGCCGCAAACCUAACCCCCUGCUCCGACGGCGCCGGCGUCAUCUACUCUACGCAUCCUACCUCCCGCUGGCACGGCAAAGAAGGCGUCCGCGUAGUACUUCAUUCGAAUCUAUGGCUCGAUGGCGAUGUUCGCAAUCUAGAUCUCAGCAAGGUACACGGAGGGUUCGAGACGCAGGGCACAUUGAGGGAGUUUAUGGUUGUCGGAGACGAGAAGAUUGUGGAGGUUGGUGAUGACGAGAAUGGGAUCAGUGAUGGGCAGUGGGCUAGUUUGAUUACGGCGGGGGGAACGGCUUGGAGUGCGUUGAGGGAGGGGAUGGAUGGGAGGUUCGAUGGAGUGGUUGAGGGGUGGAGUGGGGGUUGGACGGAGAAGAAGUUGAAGGGGAAGACGGUGUUGACGAUGGGGACUGGGGGGGUUAGUUGUUUUGCUAUACAGUUCGCGGUGGCUCUUGGGGCAACUGUUAUUGCGACUUCGUCUUCUGACGAGAAGUUGGAGAUCGCGAGGGAGUUGGGUGCUACGCAUCUGAUCAACUAUAGCAAGGUUGAAGAUUGGGAUGUUGAAGUGCUGCGAUUGACGGAUGGGAAGGGAGUUGACCAGGUUAUCGAAGUUGCCGGUGCGAAAACGCUCCUCAAGUCAAUCACCAGCACCCGUCCGGGCGGUCUUAUCAGUUUGAUUGGUAUUCUUACCGGUGCGGCAAAGCUGCCUGAAGAGGUUGUUCCAGCGGUUUUGUUUGGGGGAAAGAUUGUGAAAGGAUGCGUGGCGUUUAACAAGGUUUGCGUAGACGAGAUGGUAAAAUUUGUCGGUGAGAAUGGGAUCAAGCCUCUUGUUGCGAAGACCUUCGAGUUUGACCAGGCGAUCGAUGCCUUUCACAUGUUGCAAAAGGGUGGAGCUGUGGGAAACGUGGUUAUUAAGGUAGCUUGA